AUGGCUGAAAACGUUGAAACCCACGAAUUUACCGCUGAGAUCUCUCAGUUGAUGUCCUUGAUCAUCAACACGGUCUACUCUAACAAAGAGAUUUUCUUGAGAGAGUUGAUUUCCAACGCUUCCGAUGCUUUGGACAAGAUCAGAUACGAGGCUUUGGCCGACCCUUCCAAAUUGGAGACCGAGCCUAAAUUGUUCAUCAGACUUACGCCUAAGCCCGAGGGCAAGGUCUUGGAAAUCCGCGAUUCUGGUAUCGGUAUGACCAAGGCCGACUUGAUCAACAACUUGGGUACGAUCGCCAAGUCCGGCACAAAGGCCUUCAUGGAGGCCUUGUCUGCAGGAGCGGACGUUUCCAUGAUCGGCCAGUUCGGUGUUGGUUUUUACUCGCUUUUCCUUGUCGCCGACCACGUGCAGGUCAUUUCCAAGCACAACGACGACGAGCAGUACGUGUGGGAGUCCAAUGCCGGCGGCAAGUUCACCGUCACUUUGGACGAGACCAAUGAGAGAAUCUCUCGUGGUACCGUGCUCAGAUUGUUCUUGAAGGAGGACCAGUUGGAGUACUUGGAGGAGAAGAGAAUCAAGGAGGUUGUCAAGAGACACUCCGAGUUCGUGUCCUACCCAAUCGAGUUGAUGGUCACGAAGGAGGUUGAGAAGGACGUCCCAGCCGAGAAGGAGGAGGAGACUGCCGAGGAGGGCGACGACAAGAAGCCUAAGUUGGAGGAGGUCGAUGAGGAGGGCGAGAAGAAGGAGGAGACCAAAAAGGUCAAGGAGAACGUGACCGAGAUCGAGGAGUUGAACAAGACCAAGCCUUUGUGGACCAGAGCCCCAUCUGACGUCACCCAGGACGAGUACAACGCCUUCUACAAGUCCUUCUCCAACGACUGGGAGGACCCAUUGGCCGUCAAACACUUCUCUGUCGAGGGUCAGUUGGAGUUCAAGGCCAUCUUGUUUGUGCCUAAGAGGGCCCCAUUCGACGCCUUUGAGUCCAAGAAGAAGAAGAACAACAUCAAGUUGUACGUCCGUCGUGUCUUCAUCACCGAUGAGGCUGAGGAGUUGAUCCCAGAGUGGUUGUCCUUCGUCAAGGGUGUUGUGGACUCUGAGGACUUGCCAUUGAACUUGUCCAGAGAAAUGUUGCAACAAAACAAGAUCAUGAAGGUCAUCAGAAAGAACAUCGUCAAGAAGUUGAUUGAGACAUUCAACGAGAUUGCCGAGGACGCCGAGCAGUUCGAGAAGUUCUACACUGCUUUCUCCAAGAACAUCAAGUUGGGUAUCCACGAGGACCAACAAAACAGAAACGCCUUGGCCAAGUUGUUGAGAUACUACUCUACCAAGUCCACCGAGGAGUACACUUCUUUGUCUGACUACGUCACCAGAAUGCCAGAGCACCAAAAGAACAUCUACUACAUCACCGGUGAGUCCAUCAAGGCUGUCGAGAACUCCCCAUUCUUGGACGCCUUGAAGGCCAAGAAGUUUGAGGUCUUGUUCUUGGUUGAGCCAAUCGACGAGUACGCCAUGACUCAAUUGAAGGAGUUCGAGGACAAGAAGUUGGUCGACAUCACCAAGGACUUCGAGUUGGAGGAGACCGAGGAGGAGAAGGCCGAGAGAGAGAAGGAGAUUGCUGAGUUCGAGCCAUUGACCAAGGCCUUGAAGGAGAUCUUGGGCGAGCAAGUCGAGAAGGUUGUUGUCUCCCACAAGUUGGUGGACGCCCCUGCCGCUAUCAGAACCGGCCAAUUCGGUUGGUCCGCCAACAUGGAGAGAAUCAUGAAGGCCCAGGCCUUGAGAGACACCACCAUGUCCUCUUACAUGUCCUCCAAGAAGACUUUCGAGAUCUCUCCAAAGUCUUCGAUCAUCAAGGAGUUGAGAAAGAAGGUCGAAGCCGACGGUGCCGAGGACAAGACCGUCAAGGACUUGACCACCUUGUUGUACGAGACCGCUUUGCUCACUUCUGGUUUCACCUUGGAGGAGCCAUCUUCUUUCGCUGGUAGAAUUAACAGAUUGAUUUCUUUGGGUUUGAACAUCGAGGAAGAGGAGGAGGUUGAGGCCGAGGUGUCUGCUGACGCCGCCGAGGAGCCAUCUGUCGAGUCUGCCAUGGAGGAGGUUGACUAA